CUGUCACCGAGGGGGGCCGAGCGCGGCCGUGACGCAGGAGUGGGCUGAGUCCCGAUGCUGGGCGCUGUGGACCGGACGAGCCCCUUAGCGGCGCAGUCACCGCGGCGGCCGGGCAAGCGGCGGGGUGGCUCAGCGCCGCGCCCAGACCUGCGUCCUUGGCGGAGGCCGCGAGCUCAGGGCGCAUCUUCCACCGCGCCCAAGCCUCUGCCUUCGCCAGCUCUUCAUGCUACCCACCUGAAAGGAAGACAUGGGCACCGGAGAUUUCAUCUGCAUUUCCAUGACUGGAGGGGCCCCCUGGGGCUUCCGAUUGCAAGGUGGCCGGGAGCAGAAGCAACCCUUACAAGUUGCAAAGAUUCGAAGCCAGAGCAAAGCCUCAGGGUCUGGGCUGUGUGAGGGGGAUGAGGUGGUGUCUAUCAAUGGCAACCUGUGUGCGGACCUCACCUACCCAGAAGUCAUCAAACUCAUGGAAAGCAUCACAGACUCUCUCCAGAUGCUCAUCAAAAGACCAUCCAGUGAAAUAAAUGAGGCUGUGGUCUCUGAAACUGAAAACAAAAACCUGGAGCAUCUCACACAGGAGGGGUACGUGGAAAGUACCACCCUGCAGAUUCGACCAGCUACAGAGACCCAGUACAGAGAAUUCUCCAUCUCCCUGGCCAAGAGCGGAGCUCCUGUAGCUGAGGACCAAAGAAGUGGUUCCGAUUGUGCCUGGAGUAUAAAAGAAGAAGGAGGCCCCAGCUAUCAAACAGCUCCCCAAAUGCUCGACUCUCUAGAGGGAUCCUUGACAGAAGAGGUUGUCUCAAGAGAAAAGGCAGAAGCAGGGAGGCUGGGCACUGUGGUGGAGCUACAACUGUCACUUCCACAGGACAGACACAAGGACUCCAGCAGCCCUGCUGUGGGUCUCCUGAGAGCUAAAAAGCCAAAAUCUCCUGACCCAGACCUGUGCUUGCAGCAUGAGGGGGCUGUCCUCAUAAAUUCCAUCCCUGCUGAUGAGAAAGCAGACCUUUCUCUGAGGUCCAGCAAGACACUCCAGGUCUCCAGCAGCAGAGAGCCGAGAGUGAUCCAUGGGAGUGGAGUAGCAGCUGGGGGGCUGGCCCAGGUGGAAGUGAUCCUUGAUUGCUCUGACAGGCAGAAGACUGAAGGGUGCAGGCUGCAGGCAGAAAAGGGGUGUGUGGCUUCUCCAGGGGAAGGAGGGCAGUCCGAAGCACCUCCUUCUCUGGUCUCCUUUGCCGUCUCAUCAGAAAGCACAGAGCAGGGGGAAGAUCCACGCUGGGAAAAAGAUCACAGCAGACCACACAAGCACAGAGCGCGGCACUCACGGCUCAGGAGGAGUGAAAGCCUAUCAGAAAAACAAGUGAAGGAAGCAAAAUCUAAAUGCAAAAGCAUUGCCCUUCUUCUCACUGAUGCCCCCAACCCCAACUCCAAGGGGGUGUUGAUGUUUAAGAAGCGCCGGCGGAGGGCCAGGAAGUACACCCUAGUCAGCUACGGUACUGGUGAGCUUGAACGAGAAGCAGACGAAGAGGAGGAGGAGGAAGGUGACAAAGAGGCUACAUGUGAAGUGGCAUUUCUCGGCACAAGUGAGUCAGAAGUGGAUGAAGAGUUGCUGUCUGACAUUGAAAACACCCAAGUAGUAAACUUUGACUGGGAUUCUGGACUGGUGGACAUUGAGAAGAAACUGAACAGAGAGGAUAAGAUGGAGAUGUUGCCAGACACCACAGGAAAAGGAGCCCUCAUGUUUGCCAAGAGGAGGGAGAGAAUGGAUCAGAUCACAGCGCAGAGAGAAGAGGAGAGGGUUGCUGGAGCACCAGGCAGAGAGGUGGAGAUUGCCCAGACAGAUGGCCUGAAAACCGUGACUUCAUACCAAAGGAAGGAAGAGGAAUCGAUGAGAAUGCAGACCUCUGUGAGCAAAAGCUACAUCCACAUGGGCCAUAGUCUUGGCCAGGUGCCCCAACAGAAUGGCUUCAGUGGAGGAUCCGAGACAGCAGAGGCCCAGAGGCCAAUGCCUAUGAACAGAACGGCCAAGCCCUUCCCUGGCUCUGCAAACCAGCAAGCAGCUCCCUUCUCGCCGACCCACAACGUCCCAAGUCCCAUCACUGACUUCCCUGCUCCUCCACCUUAUUCUGCGGUCACUCCUCCACCCGAAGCCUUCUCCAGAGGGGUAUCAAGUCCCAUUGCUGGCCCAGCACAGCCCCCUCCCUGGCCUCAGCCUGCUCCAUGGUCCCAGCCAGCCUUUUAUGAUGCAACUGAGAGGAUAGCGUCCCGGGAUGAGAGGAUUGCAGUGCCAGCAAAAAGAACAGGGAUAUUGCAAGAAGCCAAAAGGAGAAGCACCACAAAACCCAUGUUCACAUUUAAAGAGCCCAAAGUAAGCCCAAAUCCUGAACUCUUGUCACUUCUUCAAAAUUCAGAAGGCAAACGGGGCACUGGAGCUGGUGGCGAUUCCGGACCUGAAGAAGACUACCUCAGCUUAGGAGCAGAGGCUUGUAACUUCAUGCAAAGCUCCUCUGCUAAGCAAAAGACCCCACCUCCUGUUGCUCCAAAACCUGCAGUCAAGUCCUCAUCCUCCCAACCAGUUACUCCGGUUUCUCCAGUCUGGUCUCCAGGAGCAGCUGCAACCCAACCUCCUGCCUUCCACACAUCAAACCCAUCACAGGGCACGGUGGUCUCCUCCAUCAAAAUAGCUCAGCCUUCUUGCCCUCCUGCCCGGCCUGCAAGUGUGCUGAACCUGUCUGGUCCCUUUAAAGGACCACAAGCAGCAGUAGCCAGUCAGAAUUACAUCCCCAAGCCAACAGCACCCAUACCAACAGUCAGUGCUGCUCAUGCUGGUGCAAUGGGACCAUCCAACGAGCUUCCCGGAAUGAGUGGGAAAGGAGCCCAGCUCUUCGCUAAGAGGCAGUCGAGAAUGGAGAAGUAUGUGGUGGAUUCCAACACUGUCCUGGCCCACACUGCCAGGGCUCAGUCUCCCACUCCAUCCCUACCAGCCAGUUGGAAGUAUUCCUCCAACAUCCGAGCGCCUCCUCCUGUGGCCUACAAUCCUAUCCACUCUCCCUCCUACCCGCUGGCUGCCAUCAAGUCUCAGUCAUCAGGCCCACAGGCCUCCAAAGUGAGCAAGAAAAAGGGCAAGAAACCCCUCAAUGCUUUGGAUGUCAUGAAGCACCAGCCAUAUCAGCUCAAUGCAUCCUUGUUUACUUUCCAGCCUCCAGAUGCAAAGGAUGGCCUUCCCCCAAAGUCAUCAGUCAAGGUCAAUUCAGCCCCUGCCAUGAAGCAAGCUCUUCCUUCCAGGCCAGUGAAUGCCACCUCACCCACGAAGGUACAGGCUUCGUCUGUGUACUCAGUACCGGCCUACACCUCUCAGUCUACCUUCUUUGCAGAGGCCACCUCCCCAGUCAGUGCAUCCCCAGUGCCUGUGAGUGUUCCCACCUCUCCAAAGCAAGAGUCCACUGCCUCGUCCUCUUAUUUUGCGGCACCAAGGCCAAAGUUCUCAGCCAAGAAAAGUGGUAUCACAAUCCAGGAGAGUGGGCACUCCCUGUCCCUUCCUGGAAAACCAGUCCCACCCAUCAUUUCUACAACAUCUCCUUGGGUAUACCAGCCUGCUUAUAAUUACUUCCGCAAACCAGCAGAUGGGCUGGAGAAAGCAAACAGGAGACCAACACCUUGGGAAGCAGCAGCAAAGUCUCCUCUUGGCCUUGUGGAUGAUGCUUUCAAACCCAGAAACAUCCAAGAGUCCAUUGUGGCAAAUGUGGUCUCAGCAGCUCGGAGGAAGGUGCUUCAGGGGCCCCCAGGACAUUGGAAUGAGAAACUGUCCUAUGUUCCUCAAACACAGAAGGUCAAUAUGGACUUAUUUGAAAGGCAAGAGUAUCAUGUUACCUCCGUAGCUAAUAAUAGCAUGCCUACCAACUUUCAGUAUGGUUCACAGUUGCCAUAUGCAUAUCAUAGGCAGGCUUCUAGAAAUGAUUCUGAAAUAAUGUCCUUGGAGACCAGGUCUGAUUACUGCCUCCCCAUAGCUGAUUGCAACUAUAACCCACACCCCAGGGGAUGGAGACACCAAACAUGAAAGUAAGAACUAAUUACCUGACAACUAUGAUUUUUUUUAAAUGCUCCUUUGUAGACGUUUCUACUUUUCUAAUAGAGCUAGAUUCACUUUUGGUCUUGGCUGGUUCUCAUGGGUCAUUUUUCUGGGUCUGUGUGUGUAUUUAUGCAUAUGCACACACAAGUGUGAACAAUUUCCUUGUCUGCAGAUGUAUAGAGUAUUUCUUGGAAGAAAAACUCAUGAUCUGAUAUGUCUAAUUCAAAAUCUUAAUUCCAUUUAUAAGGGAUGGCCUAUGCAACUAAUCUCUGCUCAGUUAAAAUGAAACUAUUUGCCUUAUUCCAGGAAUAAAUUAAUAAAAUAUGUGUGUUAACAUUAGCUGUAGCAGCAAGGAAUUUAACAUUAGGAACAUUUUUAAUGAGAAUAUGCCAAUAAGUAACAGUUAUAUCAAAAAGUAGUUUCUUGGUGUUAAGUAUUUCUCUAAAACAGAUUUAAGAAAAUUUAGAUUUUUAAAAAAGAACUGAACUAUAUGGGCCAGGGAUGUAGCUCAGUGGUUCUGGCACCUGCCUCGAAAGCGCAAGGUCCCAAGUUUGAUCCCUGUUACCACCCGCCCCCCAAAAAAGAAUUGAACUAUAGAAGUUCUCAGAAAGAAAUAUAGACGAGUAAAAUUAUUAUACAUUUCAGAUGGACUUUUGCAGUAAAUGGUGUAAUAUGUGGGAAACAGAAAGAUUUACGUGUAAGGUUUAUUUUUAAUCUAUUUAAAGCCAGCAGCCUGAGGCAGGAAUAGACUCUGGAUUCAGUUUUCAUCAUUUGUCAGAUGAGAAGAUUGAAUUAUCUAAUCUCUUAGAUCUUUAACAACUCUGAUAUUAUGAGAUUUUCUCAUUAGUAGAAUGGGCUUUGAUGCAUUAUUCAUUUUGGUUGCUCAUUAUAUAAAUAUCAGAUUAAGUUUAGGGGUAGAUUAGAUAAUUAGUGUCAAUAUACACAUCAUCAAAGGUCCCCGAAAGGAAUUUCUGGACAAUAGGUUUUAGGUUACGUGUUUGUGGAGUGAGGAUUGAUGUGAAGAAAAAAAAAAAAACUAUUGAUGGAUUUAAGGAAGUGGUGGAUGAAUAUGCCUGCUAUUAUACAACUGUAAGUCAUGACCACGUCUUUGGUUCCAGAAAACAUGCCACAGAAGCCUAUGCAACAAAUGGUUCCUUCUUUAGAAACUUCCCAUUAGGCUGUUCAAAGGAAGUUGGACAGCUGCUUUAUCCAUCCCAUGACCCAGGGCUUGUUAGCAUGACCAUGAACCAUCACCUUGAACACCUGCUCCUUAAUGACACACCCACAAAGUAUUACAUACAAGGAAACCUGAGGUAGUGUACAUCAUAAGCAAGUACCUAGAAUAUUUUUAAAUUUAAAGUAUCUUGAGUAUUCAAAACUUCUUUAGCUUUUUAGAUGUGAUAACUUUGUUUUGUUUUACUUUGUAAACUCUUGAAUUUAUGAUGGUCUCUUAGGAUGAUGGUCACUUUCACAGAAUAAAUCUUUUUUAAAAAUUACAGGGCAAAAAUGAUCUCUUACCUUGGAAAUGAAAAAAUAAAUUGAGGAAAUCACACACAGUAGCUGAAUCAGUGGUAGAACUGGCCAGAUACUAAUUUGUUCAGUUAUGCAGAAAAUAGAAGAUGAAUACUUUUGAAAGCUUUAUUGUUAAAUUAUCUUAAAUUGAUAUAGUAUUAAUUCUCUCAAAGUAUAAUUAUUGGAUCCCAAGAGUUUUUAUGGAAUCUUAAAAAAUAAUGUCUGAUUUGGAUGUAUGGAUUAGUUUGUCGGCAAAUUUUCAAGACUCCCUCACAUAAAAUCCUUACUAAAUUUAAAAUUAUCAUAGUGGCUGAAUCAUUCUGGAUUUGAAUGUUUUAGGAGAAGAGGAAUUUAGCAGAAAAAAAAAACAAACUUUACUUGCUGUGGCCAUAUUCUAUUUUGUUGCUUUUUAAGUGCUAGGUUUUAUUUACAUGAAUUGAUACACACUGUAUUAUUUACUGAAACUCACUACACUCAAAAGACAGAAGCAGAUUUUUUCAAACUUAGGUAUUAUAGUCUUCUCCCUCUUUGCUUGCACUACACCAGAAUUAUCAUUUGUAUUGAGCUCUCUGAAUUUAUUCUAGAGAAAUGGAUGGCAGGAAAGUUAUACAUGUUUCACUUAAAAGGGCACGGAUAUCCCAUGUUUUUAUCAGAAAUCAAUGCUCUGAGAAGUUCUCCUUGAGCAGGACAUGGUGGCACACACCUGUAAUCCCAGCUACUCAGGUUGAGGCAGGAGGAUUGCAAGUUGGAGCCCAGCCUGGGCCACUUAAUAAGACCCUGUCUCCAAAUUUACAAGAGAAUGAAAAUUCAAAGGCUGGGGAUAUAGCUCAGUGUAGAGCCUCACUAGCUUUAAUUCCUAGUACCACCACCACCACCACCAAAACAAGAUGAAACAAAACAAAGCAGCCCUACGUUGCAGACAAUAGCUCUGAAAGUGAAAGUGUCAUUCUCAAGUCAUCACAAAGUAUACAACGUGUGUAUUUCUCUCCAGUUUAAUUGAAAAUGAUAAAGUUAUUAUGCUCACAUUUGAUGUAAUGGUUGAGGCAGGACCCCUGACACAUUGAGAUUUGAUUCUUAUGGGUGAGAAGAUUUAGAUAACUAUUAUUCUCAGAAAAAUAAAAUGACUUGGCCCCUUCUUGCAAUUGAUAGUGCUUGCAGAGAUGAGCUGGCAUUUUGUAAAUACAUACCACAUUUGUUGUAAGACAUCUUUGAACAAUCACAGAAUGGCAAUCACAUAGGUGGAAAGAGUUUGUUUUUUCUCGAUGUAUUAAAAAACCUCUAAAAAUAGAGUGUGUCAGUCAUAGAGACACUAAUUUGAGAUUUUUUUCCUUCAUCUUGGGUUUAAAUAUCAUAUCCUUACAUGUGUGUAAAGUGUCUGUUUUUGAAGUGAUUAAAAUUUGUUUUGUAUUUUGAGUUUUAUAAAUGCACAGAUGCUAGUCCAUUCAUCUUUAAAUAUAUUUCUUACAUUUUGGCACCAUCACAUACAUUGGAAAGGGUUACUUUAUUAAGGCUUAACAAUAUAUAUGUACUAUAGAAAUGUACGUGAUGAUUUAAAACUCUGGAUAAAAAUAGCAUCAAAUAGACUUAGCUAUAAUAGGAAUUAGAGGGAUGUUUGUUUUUUAAGAAAAAGUAGAUUUCCACACUUGAUUCUAUUCAAACUAGAAGCAACUACACCGUUCACACUUUUCUAUUAAAAAACUAUGUUCUCUUGCUUAUUAGAUUGAAAUUUGUACCUCUUUUUAUCCCAAAAGAUUGUAUUUGAAAGAUUGUGCUGAAAAUUAUAUUAGUAAUAAAUGUAACUUGAAAAUCA